AUGACAGGAGAUAAAUCAAGAUUUCUCUCACUAGAAGCCUAUGAUGGAGAAACAGUGACCUUUGGAGAAAACAUGAAAGGCGAAAUCAUUGCCAAAGGAAGAGUAGGAAGAUGCAUUAUUACUAGGAAAGACACAGGAGACGUAGUCCUGGAAGGAGUUCGAAAAGGGAACACAUAUGUUGUGGACCUAAACACUGUUCCCAAAUCCAGUAUGACUUGUCUUAGUGUCAUAGAGGAAGAUCCACUUCUUUGGCACAAGCGUCUAGGUCAUGCAAGCUUCUCAUUGAUUAAUACAUUGAGAACAAAAGACUUAGUAAGAGGAUUGCCAUCCAUAAAAUUUGUUAAGGAUGAGAUAUGCGAUCCUUGUACCAAAGGAAAACAAGUGAGAUCAUCCUUUAAACCUAAAAAUGUGAUGACCACAUCAAGACCACUUGAAUUAAUUCACAUGGAUCUUUGUGGACCAAUGAGAAUCCAAAGCCGUAGUGGCAAGAGCCAUAACUUCUCCGCACCAAGAACACCACAACAAAAUGGUGUGGUAGAAAGAAAGAACAGAACGUUAGAAGAAAUGGCUAGAACCAUGUUGAUUGCAAGUGGUAUAAAACCUAAUAUUUCUCAUUUUCGUGUAUUUGGAUGUAAAUGCUUUGUUCACGUAAAUGGAAAAAGAAACAUAGGGAAGUUUGAUGAAAGGAGUGAUGAAGCAGUGUUCCUUGGCUAUUCUUCUCACAGAUUUGAGUAA